AUGUCGGGAGGCCGCGGGGGUAACAGUGCGCCGCCCGGCCGGUUCGCCGAUUAUUUUGUAAUCUGUGGACUGGACACCCGAACCGGCCUGGAGCCCGACCAUCUCUCCGCGCUGUGUGAAUACAUAAAUGCCUCCAGGGCCCAGGGUGCCGCGGGGCCCGCUCUGCCCGGGACAUCGGAAGGAUCUGAUUUUAAUCUGUCGCCUCUUUCUUGCUCAUCCCGUUAUGACGCAUGGUUCCCGGCCUGUGAAAUAUAAACGCAUUGCGUCCUUGUCUUUCCGCAGCUCUGCAUGCCUAAAGGGCUUUUCUUCAAGACUCAGGCCGACUGCCGAGACCCCCAAUUUCACUCUUUCAUCAUCACGCGGGAAGACGGGUCGCGGACGUUCGGGUUCUCCCUCACCUUCUUCGAGGAGGUCACCAGCAAGCAGAUCUGCAGCGCCAUGCAGACCCUGUACCACAUGCACAAUGCGGAGUACGACAUCAUCCACACAUCCGCCACCAACGGCGGCACGAACUGCACGCAGGAAUGCACCGACUCCUCCGUGAGCAAGCUGCAGAGGUUCAAUUCCUACGACAUCUCCCGGGACACUCUCUACGUCUCCAAGUGCAUCUGCCUCAUCACCCCCAUGUCCUUCAUGACGGCCUGCAAGAAGGUCCUCCAGCAGCUGCACCAGGCCGUCACGUCUCCGCAGCCCCCGCCGCUGCCGCUGGAGAGCUAUAUCUACAACCUCCUCUACGAGGUGCCUCUGCCUCCCGCUGGGAGGUCCCUAAAGUUUGCAGGAGUCUAUGGGCCAAUCAUAUGUCAGAGGCCGAGUACCAACGAGUUGCCGCUCUUUGACUUUCCGGUGAAGGAAGUGUUUGAGUUGCUUGGAGUGGAGAAUGUUGUACAACUCUUCACCUGCGCCCUGCUGGAGUUCCAGAUCCUCCUCUACUCGAAGCAUUACCAGAGGCUGAUGACGGUGGCCGAGACCAUCACGGGUCUGAUGUUCCCCUUCCAGUGGCAGCACGUCUAUGUGCCGAUCCUUCCAGCGUCCCUGCUCCACUUCCUGGAUGCACCGGUGCCCUACCUGAUGGGGCUGCACUCCAACGGGCUGGAUGACAGGUCCAAGCUGGAGCUACCGCAGGAGGCCAAUCUUUGUUUCGUGGAUAUCGACAACCAUUUCAUUGAGCUUCCGGAGGACCUCCCUCAGUUCCCCAACAAACUGGAGUUCAUCCAGGAGGUCUCCGAGGUCCUCCUGUCCUUCGGCAUCCCACCGGAGGGGAAUCUCCACUGCAGCGAGAGCGUCUCCAAACUCAAGAGCCUCAAAGCCUCCGAUCUCGUGUAUGACAAGAAGAACGGCAACCUGGGGGGGUCUCCGCUCAACUCCUACCAUCUUCUGAAGGAGAACGAGACCCUGGCACGCAUCCAGGCCUUGGUGAAGAGGACCGGAGUCAGCCUGGAGAAGGUUGAGGUUCGGGAAGAAUCCAGCAGCAAGAAGGACACAAAAUUCCAGUGCGAGGAGGAAGAACUCCGAAUUCACCAACUCAACAUCCACACCCGGGAGGUGUUCACCAAUCGCUUCACCCAGAUGUUUGCCGACUACGAAGUCUUCGUUAUCCAGCCGAGCCAAGACAAGGAGUCCUGGUUCAACAACCGCGAGCAGAUGCAGAACUUCGACAAGGCGUCUUUCCUCUCCGACCAGCCGGAGCCGUACCUCCCGUUCCUCUCGCGGUUCCUGGAGACGCAGAUGUUCGCCUCUUUCAUCGACAACAAGAUCAUGUGUCACGACGAGGACGACAAGGAUCCCGUCCUGCGAGUCUUCGACUGCCGAGUGGACAAGAUACGGCAGCUGAACGUCAGGACGCCGACGCUGCGCACUUCCAUGUACCAGAAAUGCACCACCAUCGAAGAAGCCGUGAAAGCCAUAGAGCAGCGACUCUCCAAGAUCGACCACACCGCCAUCCACCCCCAUCUCCUGGACAUGAAGAUCGGGCAGGGGAAGUACGAGCUUCAAAGCGACGCCCCGGCGCAGUGGCGGAAGAAGGACAGACAGAAGCAGCACACCGAGCACCUCCUACUGGACAACGAUCAGAGGGAGAAAUACAUCCAGGAGGCCCGGAAUCUGGGGAGCACCAUCCGCCAGCCGAAGCUCUCCAACCUCUCCCCCUCCGUCAUCGCCCAGACCAACUGGAAGUUUGUGGAGGGUCUGCUGAAGGAGUGUCGCAAUAAGACGAAGCGGAUGUUGGUGGAGAAGAUGGGUCGGGAGGCGGUGGAGUUGGGUCACGGCGAGGUCAGCAUCACCGGGGUGGAGGAGAACACGCUGAUCGCCAGCCUGUGCGACCUCCUGGAGCGGAUCUGGAGCCAUGGCCUUCUGGUGAAACAGGGGAAAUCCGCCUUGUGGUCACACCUCUGGCACUAUCAGGACAAGCGGAGGAAGAUGGCGGCCGGGAGCUUCAGUCAUUCAGUACUGUUUUUGGAUUCUGAGAGGAGGAAAUCUGAUCCCAGCCCUGUGAUGGCUCCUCUGAAGAUCUCUCUGGUCCAGGACAUGCUACACAUCCAGAACAUCGGAGAGAUAAAGACUGAUGUGGGGAAAGCCCGAGCCUGGGUGCGUCUCUCCAUGGAGAAGAAACUUCUCUCCAGACACCUGAAGCAGCUUCUACUGGACUACGAGCUCACCAAAAAACUCUACAAGCGUUACGCCUUCCUGCGCUGCGACGACGAGAAGGAGCAGUUCCUCUACCACCUUCUGUCCUUCAACGCCGUGGACUAUUUCUGCUUCACAAACGUUUUCACCACCAUUAUGAUCCCGUAUCACAUCCUCAUCGUCCCCAGCAAGAAAUUGGGAGGCUCAAUGUUCACCGCCAACCCCUGGAUCUGUAUCUCCGGAGAGCUCGGUGAGACGGGAGUCCUCCAGGUGCCGCGCAGCAUCCUAGAGAUGACCUAUGAGUGCCAGAAUCUCGGGAAGUUGACAACCGUGCAGAUCGCACACGACAACUCCGGGCUGUACGCCAAGUGGCUGGUGGAAUACGUCAUGGUCCGCAAUGAGAUCACAGGACACACGUACAAGUUCCCCUGCGGCCGCUGGCUGGGGAAAGGGAUGGAUGAUGGCAGUCUAGAGAGAGUUUUGGUUGGGGAUCUUCUGACUCCGACUACCGAUACAGAAGACAGACCCUGCCGGACGCCCCCUCUGCAGCACUCGCCCGGAAUGAUCCGGAGACUUGUGGCGAUAUCGCCCAACAGCCGACCGAAAUUAAACACGGGUCAGAUCCAGGAGGCCAUCGGGGAGGCUGUCAAUGGAAUUGUAAAACACUUUCACAAACCGGAAAAACAGAGGGGAAGUUUGACUUUGCUGCUCUGCGGAGAGGGCGGUCUGGUGUCGGCUCUGGAACAAGUCUUCCAGCACGGAUUCAAGUCACCGCGACUCUUCAAAAGCAUCUUCAUAUGGGACUUCCUGGAGAAGGCACAAGCACAUUACAACGGCCUUGAGUUCAGCGAAGGGGCCCCCGGUGAAGACUGGCAGAAAAGGGCCCGUAUCUUCAGCCGCAUCAUCAACGCCAUCAACAGCACUCCUCGCAACAUCGGCAAAGACGGCAAGUUCCAGAUGUUGGUGUGCCUGGGAGCCCGCGAUCACUAUUUGCACCAUUGGAUUGCCUUACUGGCCGACUGCCCCAUAAUAGCACAAAUGUACGAGGACGCAGCUUUAAUCAAAGACCACACCCUGGUCAACUCGCUCAUCCGCGUCCUCCAGACUCUGCAGGAGUUCAACAUCACCCUGGAAAGCUCGCUGGUCAAAGGGAUCAACAUCUGAGCCCUGCAGACGCCAAAUCCAGAGAUCGAUCACUACUGUGC